AUGGCGAGUGGGUCUGAAUAUGGAAGAGCUGACACUGCGUCCCUUCACCUUGGUUUUGGAUUGACCCAAUUUGGAGAUUUGGUCAAGCAGCACAAGAAUGGACAUCCGUUUCGCUUCGUUCCCUUCUGGCUUGUUUGGUGGAUUUCCUGUCAAAGCAUAUUUUUGGGAGUGGCUGGUGAGCAUUCGGGCGCGAACAUGCAGGGGACAGGACAUGCAGGAUUUGGUAAUGAGACCCUCCCAGGCACUGCGCAAUUGUUGCAGACCCAGGGAAUGAAUUUUCCCUCGUACUGUUUCCUUUUGGAGAACCAUUUUCAUGUUGACUCCAAUGGUGUACUCAUCGCGACACUGCGCUUUGGUCCUGGAGGCAACGCUGGUCCCAGCGAUGUGAAAUGCAUUGCCUCCAGGAAGGUGACAGAGAUCGUGGGAAGCCUCUCAGUUACAGGUGCUUUGUCGCUCACGAGCAUUUUGCUGCCGAAACUUGAGAGAGUUCAGGGUUCCCUCGUUUUUAUGCAGCUUCCCAAGCUUGUGACAGAGACUUUCCGUUUGGAUGGGUUGAAAAGUGUGAAUGAGAACUUGGUGGUGCGGCACAAUGAAGCAUUAUCCACUGUGACGUUUACACAUUUGCAAAAGGUUGACAGGACCCUUGAGGUCGGGAGCAACCGGGUCUUGGAAAGAGUCUCCUUCAACAGCCUUACCUUUGUCGGUUUGCACCUACUGAUCGACAGCAACCCUGUUUUGGAGCUGAUCGGAGCCACCUCCCUGGAAGAGAUCAGAUGGGACCUCAUCAUUGGUAGCAGUGGCCUGCAGGAAAUUGACUUUCCUUCCCUGAAAAAGAUUGGGGAAGACCUGGUCGUCUACGUCAUGGAUGACCUGAGAUCCAUUCGACUCCCAGUGCUUUCCUUCGUAGGUGAAGAUACAGAGUUUUUUCACUUGGUGCGACUUCAGAGUCUGACCCUUCCUGCUCUGGAAGUGAUUGGAGAAGAUUUUGAGGUUCACCAUUGCUACUCCCUUGGCUCAGUUUCAAUGCCUUCUCUUCAAAAGGUGAAGGAAGAUGUAGAGAUUCACAAUUUGCCUGUUUGUUCAGCCAUUUCCAUGCCGAAGUUGUCAGACAUCGAGGAGGACCUGGAAAUGUACAACCUUGAUGCUUUGAAGUCAUUAUCGCUGCCCUCAUUGCACACUGUUUGGGAAGAUCUGAUCCUAGGAGGGAUGGCUGUCGCUUCCGACCUAUCCAUGCAGCAACUGACCAAAGUGGUGGGGAGCUUUUGGCUCUACAACAUGCCCAACCUUUUCAGAGUGGAUUUUCCUAAGCUUGCCCAUGUCGGGGGCAAAACAAGAUCCCAUCCACCACCUCAGAGCAGCUGCCACUAUGGACUCGGAGAUUGUGAUGUUGAGGACGAGGAGAAUGCAUUCUAUAUCACUAACAACACCCGGUUGGAGCAUGUACGAAUGGAGAGUCUGGUUUCAAUCAGGUCUCCCUACUUCGCCAUCUUCGGAAAUGCCGCCCUUCUUUCAGUAGAAUUGCCUCUUCUCUCAAGGUUCCAAGUGCCCAAGCAGACAGUAUCCUGUAGCUUAACCAGCCUCUUCGGUGUUUUUCAGAAUGAAGCCUUGACGACCUUGGAGCUGAAUCCACUCUUAGCUGAGCCCACAUUUUGGAGUCUGGCACAAAACGGUCCAAGCUUCUGUCCAUCAGGACCCGUUUGGGCCACCUCCAACUGCGGUGGCGGAACGGUUUCAGUAGAAGAUGCAGAGGGAGCAAUCUUUGGAUGUGAAUGCGCAGAUGAAGAUGCCGGUUUGGAAGCUGACUUCCUGGAUGGUUUUUGCCGCCAAGGUCAGUGCCCUCAAUAUGCUACGAGGGUCUCUGGAAUGUCAACAUGUUCAACAUGUUAUGAUGCUGAUGGCUGCUUGGUUCUGAGCCAGGCCUUCGUAACGGUUCCGGAUCCCAUGGGAGGUGUGGCCAUAGAGGGAAGCAUUCUGCUGACUUCUGAAGAUCCUUUGCUCAAAGAUGUGACUUGCGUCAAAGCAGGCAACCGGCUCAAGUCCAUCCAAGGAUGUUUGGCCAUCUCAUGGAGCCCACUUCUUGAAACCAUCAACUUGCAGCAGUUGAUUGUGGUGAAUGGGAGUAUUGCCGUUUCUGGUAAUGUGGCUUUGAAUCAAUUAGUUGCCCCUGGGUUGGAGAAGGUUGAUUUGGAUUUGGUGAUCCAGGGAAAUCUGGCACUCUCUGAAGUCAACUUCCCAGCUUUGGAGCAAGUUGGUGGUCGCUUGUCCUUGCAGGGCAUGAGUUCCUUGCAGAGUCUGGAGCUUCCAGCUUUGAGCCAAUCUGGCAGCGUUUUCUUGUCGUCCAACCCGGGUUUGGAGAUCUUCCAAUUUCCACUUCUGCGAAGAACCAAAUCUCACCUUCGCAUGUGGCAGCUCAACAAAGUCACAACCAUUGACUUUCCAGCUUUGGAGCUGAUUGGAGAGGAUUUGGUGCUAUCCUUUUGCUGGAGACUUGAACGUUUGAAUAUGCUCAAGUUGCUGGAGAUCGACGAAGAUUUGGAGAUGUACGUCCUCCACAGCCUCGAAACUAUCUCUUUCCCGAAGUUGAUGCAAGUUGGAGAGGAUCUGGAGCUCUACACCAAUGACGCUUUGACGGCCAUCAGAUUUGCAUCGUUGAAACUCAUUGGUGAGGAUCUGGAGUUCUUUGACAAUACAGCCAUCUUGGAAUUCGGCCAAGAUUUCUUUCCGAAUCUGGAGCACGUUGACGAAGAUUUCGAAGUAUAUUUGUGUGCACAGCUACAAUCCUUGGAUGUGCCGCAGCUUCGUCGAAUCGAUGAAGAUUUCCUACUCUUCGGGAAUCCCAACCUGGUGACUGUGACGCUGCCAUUGUUGGAAUACGUGGCUGCUCGUGAGGGUGGUGGAAUGCUGAUCACUGACAAUCUCGCCUUGACCCACUUCGACUUGACAUCCUUGCGGAGGGUUGGAAACAGCACCGCACGGAUCGGGGAACGAGAUGGCAGCAGAGAUAUCAGGCUCUACACAGGAGCAUUCAGAUGGCAAGUGCGGGGACAGGAAGCAAGGCCCAUUUUGAUUGCGCACAAUCCAAAGUUGGUACGCAUCAGCUUCCCGCAACUGGAGAUUCUCAACACUGGCGUGUGGAUUCAGAAGAAUGAGAAACUGCAGAGCAUCAAUCUGGAUUCGGUGAAGAGCGGCCUUUGCGGACAAUUCUUCGUGAUUCGUUUCCACCCCAGCUUGGGCAAGGGAGGACUUCAUGCCGAUGGCUUAGUCCGCAUUGCAAACGACAGGUGCAUCUCAAGCGUGCCCAUUUUUUAUCUCAUGAUCCUCUUUCAUCAAACCAGCAAGGUCCCAAGCCUUGAGCGCGGCUGCGCACCUGCAUUGGUGAACUUGAAUUGCAGUUCGGCAGCUCUGCCCAUGAAUUUGCAAUUGCCGACCUCAUACCGGUUCAAAGGAUUUCUUGGAAGCGCUCAGGCCCAAGUCGGUGCAGGCCAGGACAGUCGGGUGGUGCACCCACCAGCCAUACCAACUCUCAGCGCCUUGCAGGAGUUGCAUGCAUCGGUGGCCUCUGCAGGCAAGCGCAAGCCUUUGCCGCCAGUAGUGGACCAGUUGCAAGUCUUCGUGGAGCAAAGGCGUGCAUGUGAGGAAAGAUGUGUUGCGCGGCUUCGUGCUCAGGCAGACUUUGAAGCAUCUCUGCUCCCUGAGAGCUCUGCGAGUCAGGAAGAUGUUCGCUCGAAGGUCACGACUGGAGUGCGACACCGCUUCAAAAGCCUCGAGAGUCAAUGUUCCGUGCUAUGUGGCAAAAGGCUUUCCUACCUCAUAACCGGUUGA